GAACAGACAAGACGCUAUCUGCGCCGGCGUCUUGAGCGAUCCUGCCCCCAGGAUUCAAACCCCUGUCAAUGUUUGACAAGCCUCGAAUUUGGAGCCUGAAAAUCCUACGUCCGUGUUUCAUUUGUACGUUAAAGGUAUUGGCAUCAUCGACUUGCAUUCCUUCGUGGUCCACAGCACCCCAGCCAAAUAGUCUAGAAAUGAUGGCUCUCCCCGAUUUUGCACUCUCUUCUCUGUCCAUCCUGAUGACCACCUCUGCUUUGGUGCGUGAGAGCCGGUCAGGAUGGGUGGGUCUAUCGAGCAACAGGACGAUGUGCCAACAUCGUCCAUGACCAUCGCGGUGCGAAUUAUUGUGUUGGUGCUGGCGAUUCCGACAACCUUGGUGUGUGUGCUUCGACUGUAUCUGCGCAAGUUCGUUCUUAAUAACUUCGGACUUGAUGACUGGUUGGUGCUGGUUGCUCUUAUCGGAGUGGAUCUGUUCUCUGCCCUGGCGUAUAUCAUCACAUACUAUGGAUUGGGCCGACCUAUGAAAUAUGUUCCUACAGACCAUCUGGUUGUGUUUCUCACGCUCGAAUAUGCCUCACAAUGCGCCUACCUAGUCAUCGCAGCGACUGUAAAAGCGAGCCUGCUCAUCUUCAUCAUGCGUCUGUUCCCGACUCGUUUCGUUCACAUUGCCGGGAAAGCUCUUCUUGGUAUCAUCGCGGCCUUCACCCUCUCGGGGACCCUCGCGCUGGUCUUUCAGUGUCGCCCAGUCCAAGCGGCCUACGACAAGGCUAUCACCAAUUCUAGCUGCUAUCCCACUGAGACCUCGUACGCAAUUCUUAUGAUGCAAGGUGUCAUCAUGUUCGUGCUAGAUGUAUCGAUCCUAGUACUUCCGAUACGGCCUAUCUGGCAGUUGCAGAUGCCGAUAAGGAGGCGAAUACUUGUGCUGGGGCUGCUCUGCAUUGGCUUCACCGCAUGUGUUGCUGCCCUCGUGCGGUUCUCGACACUAAAAUUUGCCAAUGAUACGACGAAUUUCACCUAUUCAGCUUCCACGUCCCUCAUUUGGAUGGAGAUUGAAUUCAAUCUCGGCCUUAUGUCAGGGUCUCUCCCCUCUUUGCGAAAAGUUUUCAAGCUUGGCUCUCUUUUCCCCACGAGCCGCUCAACGAAGACACAGCAAAGUUAUACAUCGGACUUCGAGCUGCACCGGCACAGUUGGACAAUAACUGGGAUUACAAAGAAGACAGAAAUCCAGAGGGCCUACGAGAGAAGUGAGAGCCAGGAGUUCAUUGCCCCAAUAUAUGGGCAGGGAGAAUUGACCACAACUACCAAAGCCUAUGCGGAUGGGGAGACAAGCUCUGCCAGUAAUGUUUGAUGCCCGGGCCGUGAUGGCUAAUGUGUGGGAUCUGUGACUCGACGAUGUCAAUGGAGACAUCCAAAGUCAGAGAAGGUCGGAUCAGGCUCGAGAAUUCUAUCCGUGAAAAUUCGAUGUAUUGAAUGCCUAUUAGUGCCUCCGUUAAUGCCGAGCCGGUCGGUGUAUGAGGGUCAAGCCAACGUAAUGCCCGUAUAUCCCGGAUUGGCUUCCUAUACGCGAAUUGACCUUGGCUAGCGUGAAGGUUAAUACUUUACCAGCCCACCCACUGGCAGGAACACAGACAGAGACUGGCCAAAGUGUUCCCUACAUUAUUGAUAUUGCUCGACCGGACCUUGUCCAAAUGGUUUAAUCGGGGUAUAUGACUAUAACUG